GAGCACUACUUAACCCUCUCAUCACUUCAUCACUCUCUUCACCGCACAAUCCAUUUCCUCCUUUCCUCCGCUUCCCACAUUUUAUUAUUCCCAUUUUACCCCUCAACAUGGAAGGAUCUGGAGUCGUAACCGUCUACGGCAACGGUGCACUCACUGAAACAACCUCCACCACCACCAAAUCCUCCCCAUUCUCCGUCAAAGUCGGCCUCGCUCAAAUGCUCCGCGGCGGCGUCAUCAUGGACGUCGUCAACGCCGAACAAGCUCGCAUCGCUGAAGAAGCUGGUGCUUGCGCCGUCAUGGCCUUGGAGCGUGUCCCCGCCGACAUCCGUGCUCAAGGCGGUGUUGCUCGUAUGUCCGACCCUCAACUCAUCAAAGAAAUCAAAGCCGCCGUCACCAUCCCCGUCAUGGCGAAAGCCCGUAUCGGUCAUUUCGUUGAAGCUCAGAUCCUUGAAUCUCUCGGAAUCGAUUACGUCGAUGAGAGCGAAGUUCUUACCCUUGCUGAUGAAGACAAUCACAUCAACAAACACAAUUUCCGUAUUCCUUUCGUUUGUGGCUGUCGUAACCUCGGUGAAGCUCUUCGCCGAAUUCGCGAAGGUGCUGCGAUGAUUCGUACCAAAGGUGAAGCUGGAACUGGUAAUAUCAUUGAAGCAGUUCGUCAUGUGCGUUCUGUUUUGGGUGAUAUCAGGGUUUUGAGGAAUAUGGAUGAAGAUGAGGUUUUCACUUUUGCUAAGAAAAUUGGUGCUCCUUAUGAUCUUGUUAUGCAGACUAAGCAACUUGGAAGGCUGCCUGUUGUGCAGUUUGCUGCUGGUGGUGUGGCGACACCAGCGGAUGCAGCUUUGAUGAUGCAGCUUGGGUGUGAUGGUGUUUUUGUUGGUUCUGGUGUGUUUAAGAGUGGGGAUCCGGCGAAAAGAGCGAGGGCGAUUGUUCAAGCUGUUACUCAUUACAGUGAUCCAGAGAUUUUGGCUGAGGUUAGUUGUGGAUUGGGUGAAGCUAUGGUUGGGCUUAAUUUGACUGAUCAUAAUGUUGAAAGGUUUGCUAAUAGGUCUGAAUGAUUUCAUUAUCAUCGUGAUGAUGAUGAUGAUGAUGAUGAUGAUGAUGGUUCUCUUUUGGCAUGGAAAUUUCUGUCUGAAAGGGUUUUACUUUACGCUAGUACUUUUUAGUUGUUUUUUUAUAUUUCAUUUUAAUAAGGUUAUCGUGUUUUUGGUUCUUAUGUUUGAACUGUGUUAGAUGGGGAAAUUGAAAAAAAGACAAAGCAAUUGGCCUUUUGUGGCUUGUAAUGUUUCCGAUACUUUAUAGUGUUUACUCUAGUAUGUUGAAUUCAUCAUAAACUAGACCAUUCUUGUUGGAAUAUUGAAUUCUAUUGUUAUAUUGGAUGUUAAGCUUUGGCUCAAUUCAUUUUA